ACAUUUCCUCACUCAACUCUCUCAUUCUCACUAACAGAGAGAAAAAGCAAAAGCAAAAAUGGCUCGAUCUUUCGCUAUUGCUGUGAUCUGUAUCGUCCUCAUCGCCGGCGUUACUGGUCAAGCUCCGACUUCACCACCAACCGCUACACCAGCUCCACCAACUCCAACAACUCCUCCACCAGCAGCAACUCCUCCUCCUGUCUCAGCACCACCACCAGUCACAACAUCUCCUCCUCCAGUCACCACUGCUCCUCCUCCAGCAAAUCCACCACCACCAGUCUCUUCUCCUCCUCCUGCUUCUCCUCCACCAGCUACUCCUCCUCCAGUCGCUUCUCCUCCUCCUCCCGUUGCUUCUCCUCCACCAGCAACUCCUCCUCCCGUCGCUACUCCUCCCCCAGCUCCUCUAGCUUCCCCUCCUGCUCAAGUUCCAGCUCCAGCACCGACCACGAAGCCAGAUUCUCCAUCUCCAUCUCCGUCAUCUAGCCCACCUCUUCCAUCAAGCGACGCUCCUGGACCUAGCACCGAUUCUAUCUCUCCUGCUCCUAGCCCCACUGAUGUGAACGACCAGGUUAGUAACCUUUUCUUCUAGAUCUUGUACAAUGUGUUUCAGAUCUGAGAUGUUUUGUCUGAACUUGAAUAGAUCUAAAACGGUAUGAUUUAGAAAAAAGUGAAAAACAUAAUUAGCGCAAUUUAGCAAGAAAAUGCUAGUCUUUGCUAACGUGCAACCGUAUCGUGAUUUGAUGAUUUUGGCUUGUCUGCCUCGAGAUCUUCGAAUCCUAGCCGUGAGCGCGUGAGUGCUGUAGUCACGUGACUUUGUCAGUCUGCACGUGAAUAAUUUAAUACUGCCGCGUGGCAAUAUUCUUUCGGACCAAAGUAGAUCUAGUUUAGUUUAGUAAUAAAAAAACAGUCCAAAGCGUGAUGGACGGAUUCUCUAAGAUCUGCUGUCCAAAUUAUUUAACUUUCCACCCCUAAAUUUUAGGAUCUUUUCAAAUGUAACCCCGGAUUAAGUAAUUGAACUGUGAAGUCCCUUGGCUAUUGAAAUGCUGAUUGGAAACCUUUUGUUUUGCAGAAUGGAGCUAGCAAGAUGGUUUCGAGCUUAGUAUUUGGAUCUGUUCUCGUCUGGUUUAUGAUCUAAGUGGAAUCUUUUGUGACUGUGUUACUUGCAUUUAUUUUUAUGUCGUCUUUGUUUGUUCCACUGUAUUGCUUGGGACUGAAUUCUUUUGGGAUUUAUUAUCUUUCGGAGAGGAUACUAUUGAGAGCUUGAGAUGGAGAUAGCAGGAUAUUUUGAUUGCAGAUACUUUUGUGGCUUCAUUUCUCAUUCCAUUUGAUUAUUAGUGUACUACAUUCCUUUUCUCCAUGCCU